UAAACCAGGUCCUUUUUAUUUAUUUAUUUUAUUUUAUUUAAUUUAAAGGUAUGUUAUCCCUCAUUUAGACCUUUUUGUUCCAACUUCCAAAGCUUCUUCCCGAAGGAAUUCCCCUCAAAUAAAACCCAUGCUUUAAAAAUUAAGCAAAACGAGGAAGGUGAAUUAAUGUGCCACCGUUUGAAAAGUCGUAUCUUCACCUACACGCUUCCUUUCAUCUCCAAGACGCUUCCCUACUUUCUCACUACACUACUACGUUCGUCACCUCUCUCUACCCAACAACCCAAUAUUGUUUGCACCCCACAUUCUAAUUUACGUUUCGAUAACUGAUAAUCCAUCUGCCUCUAUCAUUAGUUUAACAAGCAGCUUUAAAGGGUCCUGAAGUCAUAAGGGUUUUGAAAUUUCAACUGGAAAUAAAUCUAUAAUCUGAAACCUCUCUGUUAUAAGGACUCCCCCGUAUAUUCAUCAUCAACAAAGAUCCUCUUGGUUUGUUUUCUGAUAUACUUUUUGUGUUUUCUGUCUCUAAAAAAUAUUGUUAAUUGUUCCAAAAAUUAGAUUUUAAUAUUAUUGCAUUUCAUAAAAGGAAAACAGAAAAAAAUAUACUUCCUGUUUCAAUUUUUGUGUUGCUGCAUCUUCUUACCCCAAUUAGCUCUUCGGUUUUAGCUUUUUUCCAGCUUUUAAAAUUAAUAUGGGGGAUCGUUCUGUUAUUUCGGGCAGAAAACGAGGCCCUCUAGGUUCAACUGAUAGAUAUGGAGAUAAGAAGCAUAAAGCCAUAAUUAUGCUCAACUCAAAAAAAGAAGUAAUGAAUGAUAAAACUGAAAAUAAAAAUAUUGUCAUAGGAGAUGUAUACCACCGGAAGCAGUAUAGAAGAGAAGCCAUUAUAAGAUGGAGGGAAAAAAGAGGUAAAUGUCCUAUAAUAUGUUCUCAUUUUCUUGACAAGAGGCAGUAUAGGAGAGAAGCUAUUAUAAGAUGGAAGUUAAACAGAAAUAAUCAUACAAGUGCAUCGAAGUUUGCCAUUUCUAUUUCUGGUGAGACCUCAAAAGUAUUUUCUGAUGUUUUAAUUGACAAGAACCAAUACAAGAAAGAAGCUAUUGAACGAUGGAAGAAAAAGAAAAGUAAACGUACACCGAGUUGUUUGGCUUAUGACAAAGCAAAACGAAAUACAACUGCUUCAGCUGAGACGUCGGCUAUUUCGGGUCCACCUUUGGAUCUACUUCCGAAUGUUUUAAUGGACAAGAAGCAGUACAGGAGAGCAGCCAUUAACAGAUGGAAGAAAAAGACAGCUAAAAAAAGAGUUUUAUUGCCAACGAGUUGUUUGGCUAAUGAUAAAGCAUUAAAAAAAUCAAUUAAUGUAGGUAAGACGGGUUAUAUGAGAAGACAGCUUAAUAAUAGGAUAGGCAAACAUUUGUUACAACAAGUCCCCUUUGCUUCUGAUGUCCUUCCUGACGUCCGCCGUUGUCGUUAUUGUGAUGCUGUCAAAUUUUAUUCAGAAACAGCUAAUUUUUGUUGUCUAGAUGGUCGUGUUGUUUUGUCAAAUAAUGAGCUCCCACUUUUGAUGCAAGAUCUAUUGACUUCAACAUCAAAAGAAGCUAUCUCAUUUAGGACAUAUAUUAGAACAUACAACAACCACUUUGCUUUUACUUCUUUUGGGGUUACAGCAGAUAAUGAACUCAGUAAAAGAAAUAAAGGAAUUUACACUUUUAGAGUUCAAGGUCAGGUUUAUCAUUUUAUAAACGACUUGUCGCCUAAGGAAAAUGAUUCCAAAAAUUUACAAUUGUACUUUCAUGACACUGAUAAUGAGUUGGAAAAUCGUUUGUCGGAUUCUCCGCGCUUAUGUAUAGACUUGAUUGCGAAAUGUGUUGAAUAUCUGAAAGAUAAUCCGUAUGCUCGUUUUUUUAGAAAUUUAAGGGAUGUUCCAAACUUAGAUGAAUGUAAGAUUAUUCUUAAGACUAUUCCGGGACAGGAUCAAAGGGUUUUUAACAAACCAGAAGUUUCUCAAGUAGCUGCUAUUUGGAUUGAAGGUCAAGAGAACGGAGAACACGGUCGGAGAAGCAUUGAAGUUAAGUUACACAGUGACUGCUCCAGGAGUGUUCAAUAUUACUAUGGUUGUUACGAUCCUUUGCAAUAUCCUUUGAUGUUCCCAUUUGGAGAGCUUGGUUGGCAUCAACAUAUUCCCAAAAAGAAAGACGUUGAAAGGGGAAAUGGAAGGAAUGUUGUUUCCACAGUAGAAAAGCUUAUCUCACCUGUAACUGCUACCAGUGCUGAAUACCUUUUGGAUAUGGAAGAAAAUGUUUUGGCCAAGAAUUCUGAAAGUUCAAAGUAUGUUUCGGUUAGGGAAUAUUAUGCUUACAAACUUCAAAUUCGUAGGCAUGAUAAAUCCUACUUGCUGCAAUUUGGUCGGCUGUUACAGCAAUACAUAGUUGAUAGCUAUGUUAAAUUAGAGACACAAAGAUUAGCUUUUUUUAGGACACAACAAGCUGAUAUACGACAAGAGUUUUUACAAGGAAUUGUAGAUGCUAUGGCAAGUGGUGAAAGUGAAGCUUCAGCUAUUGGUAGACGUGUCGUUCUACCAGCAACGUUUAUUGGUGGAACAAGAAAUAUGAGACGGAAAUAUAUAGAUGCUAUGGCGUUAGUCCAGAAAUUUGGUAAACCGGACCUUUUUUUGACCUUAACAUGUAAUCCUAAUUGGCCCGAGAUUAGACAACACAUGAUGACUCAUGAAGAGACACAUAACAGAGCUGAUUUGAUUGUCAGGGUUUUCCACGCAAAACUCGAGUUGUUCAAGAAUGAAAUUUUAAAGAAAAAUAUCUUUGGAAAAGUAGCUGCCUAUACUUAUGUCAUAGAAUUCCAGAAGAGAGGUUUGCCACAUGCACACUUUUUGCUCAUACUUGAACAUGAUUUUAAGAUGUACGAACCUAAGGAGUAUGAUGAGAUUGUUUGUGCUGAAUUACCAGAUGAACAUUCCAAUCCUCAUCUACAUAAGAUGGUUGUGAAACACAUGCUUCAUGGUCCAUGUGGUGACCUAAAUCUAAAAAAUGUUUGUAUGAAAAAUGGAACUUGCAAGAACUCAUAUCCAAAAGAAUUUUGUCAUGAGACAACUCAGACUAAUGCUGCAUAUCCUACAUAUCGUAGACGUAAUAAUGGAGUUAGUGUCAUAGUUAGGGGUGCUAAACUUGAUAAUAGAUGGGUUGUUCCUUACAAUGCUUAUUUGUUGUGUAAAUUUGAUUGUCAUGUUAAUAUAGAAAUAUGCUCUACAAUAAAAGCUGUAAAAUAUAUAUAUAUAUAUAAAUAUAUAUGUAAGGGAUGUGAUAAAAUAAGUUUUGCUGUUACUUCUAAUUACAAUUCUGAGUGUAUAGAUGAAAUCCAACAAUUUCAAUCAGGUAGGUGGAUUUCUGCUCCCGAAGGAGCAUGGAGAAUAUACAGAUUUCUUUUAGGUGAUAUUAAACCAGCGGUUAUCCAUUUGGCUCUUCAUUUGGAAAAUUAUCAACCGAUAACAUUCAAUAAAAGACAACGAUUGAGUGAUAUAACAAAAAAUCCUGAUCGCAAAAAAACAAUGCUUACUGAGUUUUUUUUAACAAUGCUACAGAUAGAUAUGCACAAAAACUGAA